AUGCGUUUGUCUUUGCAUGUUCGAAUAGGUCUGGGAUGUUUAGGCCAAAUUGCCACUCUAGACGAACAUGAAGAAGAGUGUUAUUUAGCUCUGACCGAGGCGAAAAAGUCUUUUGACAACGAAAGGAAAUAUUCCCAAUUUCUCACGAUUGGCACAAAACUCCAGUUCCUGAAAAGGUCAAAUGAACAAAGUGAUUUCGAUGCACAAUGUUAUGACAAUGUGGCACUCGGAACUUCUUCUUGGCGUGCCCCUCCGUCGUCUCCGCAGCAUUUGACAAUUGAUCUGUCCGACACAGCUCGAGUCCGGCUGAUAUGGGAAUCCCCAAUGGACUAUGGCGGUCGACGGGACGUCGUCUACUCCCUCGAAUGUCGAAUGAGUCCCGGCAACAGACCAUGCCCAGCCAGUUUGGUCUAUGUACCCCCUGGCAGGGUCAACCAGACCGAGUAA